AUGCUGUCUUGGGGGGGGGGGGGGGGCUCUUAUUCUGCUGCUUUGAUGGGUUGGCAUUCCCCUCGAGAUUACCACGUAAGUGGAUAUGGUUGUGGAGAUCAUUUUUACGAAAGUGAUACAUUUACCCAUUCUUGGCAAGUCCUAGCAGAGCUAUUGAAAUGUCCAGAAACGAAAGAUAUGCUAUGCGAUGUUGGCAUUAAAAUACUCUUAAUACGGCCUAAGAAAGCUAUGGCAGAUGAUGGUGUAUAUCGUGAAGGAAGAUGGUUUGCUUCUUGGAUUAAGGAAAAAAUGGUAGAUGACUAUAAUUUGCCACCCUUUAUCUCCAAUAUUACUGGACAGACUACCGUUCCAAUUGGAGACGCUGUCAUCCAGACAUCUGAUACUUGUCUUGGAAGUGAAAUAUGUGAAGAAUUCUUUACAGCUGAUAGCACCCACGUAAAAAUGGCUCUUGAUGGUGUGGAGAUUAUUACUAACGGUAGUGGUAGUCAUCAUGCAUUAAGGAAAGCAAAGCGUAGAUUUGAUCUAAUGCGUGCCGCAACAGCAAAGACCGGUGGUAUUUACUUAUUUGCAAACCAACGUGGCUGUGAUGGUGAUCGUAUGUACUACGAUGGAAACUGUAUCAUAGCGCGAAAUGGUGAUAUCAUGAAUUACGGGUCCAAAUUUUCAUUAGAAGAAGUGGAGGUCAUAACUGCAACUUUAGAUCUGGAAGAUGUUCGGACUUAUCGCAAUGCUAUGACUAGUGUAAGAUUACACUCGUCAGCCGCUACUAGUUACCCUAGAAUCAGAGUUGAUUUUAAGCUAACACACGAUACAAUCGAUGUCAUGUUAACAAACCCUGCAACUGUCGAUUAUGCAACACCUGAGGAAGAAAUUUGUUAUGGCCCUGCAUGCUGGAUGUGGGAUUAUUUACGACGAAGUGGACAGCAUGGAUUUUUUUUACCUCUUAGUGGAGGAAUAGAUAGUUCCGCAACAGCCUGUAUCGUAUCUUCAAUGUCUCAUUUAGUAUGUAAUGCUUGUAUUAAUGGCAAUCAACAAGUUAUUACAGAUGCUCGACGAAUCGUAGGUGAUGAUUCGUAUAUCCCAACUGAACCCAAAGAAUUUACCAAUCGAAUAUUUACUACAUGUUAUUUGGGAACAGUAAACUCAUCAACACACACUAGAGAAAGGGCAAAAAAUCUUGCCGGUCAACUAGGCAGCUAUCAUCUUAGUAUUGUUAUCGAUACUGCAAUUACUGCAAUCAUUUCUAUUUUUACUAGUGUAACAGGAAAAACUCCAAAAUUUCGUGCAAAUGGUGGAUCAUUCUGUGAAAAUCUUGCUUUGCAAAAUAUACAAGCUCGUAUUCGAAUGGUUCUGUCAUACCUAUUUGCACAACUUAUUUUAUGGUCUCGAGGAUUGCCUGGCAGUUUACUGGUGUUAGGAUCGGCAAACGUCGAUGAAGCUUUAUGCGGCUAUAUGACGAAAUACGACUGUUCUAGCGCCGACAUUAACCCUAUCGGAGGAAUUAGUAAAACCGAUUUGAGAUCUUUCAUAAAAUUCUUUCGAAGUAAGUACGAUAUACCUGCUUUGGAUAGUAUUUAUGAAGCCCCACCUACAGCCGAAUUAGAACCAUUAAGUGAAGGCGAAAUUAGCCAAACUGAUGAAGAAGAUAUGGGAAUGACCUAUGAAGAGUUAUCGUUUUAUGGAAGGCUUCGAAAAGUUAAUUUUUGCGGGCCAUACAGCAUGUUUUGCAAAUUAGUCAGCUCAUGGAAAAAUAAAUAUACUAUAACUAAGAUUGCAGACAAUGUAAAGCACUUCUUCCGCAGCCCGGACGAUAAUCGAUUCGAUCUUAGACAGUUUCUUUACAACAUUAAUUGGACUUGGCAAUUUCGUGCCAUCGAUAAUGAGAUCGAUCAACUGAAUAAGAAGACCAGUUGA